GCCUCUCUUAAGCAUUCAUUUUCAUACCAAAUUCUCCAACAUUGCUACUCUUUGAUUUUCAUACCAAAUUCUCCAACAUUGCUACUCUUUGAUUCUCAUACCAAAUUCUCCAUUCCACUCUCUAAUCUUUGAUUUUCAUACCAAAUUCUCAAACAUUGCUACUCUUUGAUUUUCAUAUCAAACUAUCUCACAUUGCUACUCUUUGAUUUUCAUACCAAAUUCUUCAUUUCCGCUCUCUCAUAUUUCAUUUUCAUACCAAAUUCUUCAUUUCCGCUCUCUCAUAUUUCAUUUUCAUACCAAAUUCUUCAUUUUCACUCUCUCAUAUUUCAUUUUCAUACAAAAUUCUUCAUUUUCGCUCUCUCAUAUUUCAUUUUCAUACCAAAUUCUACAUUGCUUCUCUUUUAGCUUUCAUUUACAUACCAAAUUCUCCAUUUCCACCAUUUUCACACCUUUACUUCUCAGUAGCAGAGUUCAGACUUGAUAGUUGAAAAAAGGCUUAUUUCUAAACUAUACGAGCUAUGGAAUUCUUAUCUAUUUUUGUGGAAAAAGUCACAGGUUGCUUGAUUCAGCCAGUUGCGCGAGGGAUUGGGUAUUUAUAUUACUACAAGAGCAACAUCAGAUGUAUGGAUAAAGAAUCUGAGAAGCUGAAGAAUAUCAAAAGUGAGGUGCAGGAAAGAGCGGAAGUUGCCCGGAGAAACUUAAAACGCAUUUCACUCAAUGGUGAGGCUUGGUUAACUAGUGUUGAUACCACUAUUGAACAUGUGGAAGCUGUAAGUCAAGGUUCAGCUGAGGUUGAAAGGGGUUGCUUUUAUGGUUGGUGUCCAAACCUGAAGUCACGUUACUCGAUGAGCAGGAGAGCUGAGAAAAUUACACUGGAGUUGAUUCAACUUCAAAAUGAAAGCAACAGGCCUGAGGUAAUCUCCUUUGAUCAUCCAGUUCAAAGUGAGGCAAUGCCUAGUAACAGUGCUGAGGUGUUUGACUCCAGAAAAUUGAAAGAGGAAGAGGUCAUGGCAGCUUUAAAAGAUGACGGGGUCACUAUGAUUGGGAUAUGUGGUAUGGGUGGUGUUGGUAAAACAACACUGGCUGAGAAAAUCAGACAAAAAGCGAAACAGGAAAGGGGUAAUUUCAUAGAUGUCGUCAUGGUAACUGUCAGUCAACAACCAGACUUGAAAAAACUUCAGGAUGAGAUUGCAAGAGAAGUCGGGCUGACAUUACAAGGGGAUAAUUUGUGGAGUCGUGGAGAUCAGCUGCGUACAAGGUUAAUGGAUCAGAACAGCGGCACCCUUGUAAUCUUGGAUGAUGUUUGGGAGGCUCUUCAUGAUCUAGACAAACUUGGAAUUCCAAGUGGAAGCAACCACAAACAUCGGUGCAAAGUGAUAUUGACAACGCGUUACCGAAAUGUUUGUGAAGCAAUGGAAGCUCAGAAGAUCAUGGAAGUUGGAACAUUAUCUGAAGAGGAAGCAUUGUGCCUUUUCAAGAAGAAAGCUGGUGAUAUAGUUGAUGUUCCUUCUAUUCAUGACACAGCAAAAGAGGUUGCCAAAGAAUGCAAGGGGUUGCCGCUUGCAAUUAUUACAGUUGCAGGAGCACUAAAGGGUAAAGACGAGCCUUUGUGGAAGGAUGCCCUUAAGCAAUUACGUGAUGCAGAAACAAGAAAUAUCCCUGGAGUGCACACUAAGGUGUAUAAACCUCUGAGGCUAAGCUAUGAUUACUUGGAAAGUGAUGAAGCCAGGUACCUCUUUUUGCUUUGUUCUUUGUUCGAGGAAGAUAGUAGUAUUUGGACUGAAGAUUUGCUUACAUAUGGAAUGGGGCUUCGCAUCUUUUCGAAAAUUAAAAAUAUAGAAGAAGCAAGAGAUAGGAUGUGUAAUCUGUUAGAAACAUUGAAAGAUAGUUUCUUAUUAUCCCAAGGUUCAAAAAGAAAUCAUGUCAAAAUGCAUGAUGUGAUCCGUGACGUGGCUAUAAAUAUUGCGUCUGAGGGAGAUCAUAGCUUUAUGGUAAGUCAUGAUGUGAACUCAGAAGAGUUCCCAAGAAUAGAGUUAUACAAGCAGCAAUACAGUCACAUGUCAAUUGUUGCAAAGAAAUUUGAUGAGCCUUGUAGCCCAAUAGUUUGCCCAGAACUGAAGCUUCUAAUGUUGAAACUCUGUUUUGAAGAGCCAUUCAAGUUACAUGAUGAUUUUUUUGAUGGAAUGAGUAAACUCAAUGUCUUAAGCCUGAGGGGAUACAGAUAUAAGGAGUCCAUUCUGUCUUUUCCAACAUCCAUUCAGAGGUUGUCAAGUCUGAGGAUGUUGUAUCUGAAAAGAUUAAAUUUGGAUGACAUACCCAUUAUUGGCAAACUUGUCAAUUUGGAAAUUCUUUGCAUAAGAGAUUCUCAAUUAGAGGAGGUGCCAGUGGAGAUUGGAAAUUUGGCCAAUCUAAUUAUGUUAGAGUUGCACAAUGAGUAUACAACACUUAAAAGGAUUUCAGCGGGGGUGUUAUCAAAACUAGUUCGAAUGGAGGAACUUCAUAUGGUGGGAGUAGAAGAUUGUUGUUACUCCACCCUGAGGGAACUGGAAUCUUUAUCGAAAUUGACUGCACUGACAUUAAGUCAAUGUUCCGGAGAUGUGAUCUACAGGAACUUGCGCCUUCCCUCCAGGUUGACACGGUACACUCUUAGAGUGGGUGAUGCUUACACAGUGACCAGGGGUCAUUACGGAAAGAAUAUUGAUUUAGAGGUCACCGAGACCGCCCCAUUGGGUUAUUGGAUUUGCCGCCUGUUGAAGGAAUGCGAAGUUGUACAUUCAAUGGGAAAAGGCUCUAAUAACGUGUUGGCCGAGUUGCAGCUGAAUGAGCUUCAGAACGUGAAAGUUCUCGGCCUCUCUAAUUGUGAUUUAGUGACACAUUUAUUGAAGAUCUGUGGGAGGACACAUGAAGUAAUCAAGUUCCCCAAUUUAAAUGAGUUAAAGCUUCAUUCUCUGGAAUGCCUGACUCACUUUUGCAGUGACAAUGUUGAGGGCAUUGAGUUUCCUCAGUUAUGGAGAAUGAGCUUCGAGGGGUUACCUGAGUUCCAAAAUUUCGCCCCUACCACCAACAACUCCAUCAUCGACUCAAAUCCUCUUUUCGAUGAAAAGGUUUCUUGUCCCAAUCUGAAAGAGUUAUACAUCCAAAAACUUGAAAGGAUAAGUGCUCUAUGCUCUCAUCAACUUCCAACUGCCUACUUCACCAAACUUGAAUCAUUGACAGUAGUUGAAUGUGAGAAAUUGAGAAAUUCGAUGUCUCCAUCAGUGGUUAGAGGUGCUCCCAAUUUACAGACACUAUGGAUAGAAGAUUGUCAAUCAAUGGAAGAAGUGAUCACACAAGAGGAAGAACAAGGAGAAGGAAUCAUGACCUUAUUUCCCCAACUGGAAGUGUUGGUGCUUCGAUGCCUGCCUCAGUUGGGGCAUUUCUUUCUGACGGAGCAUGCUCUUGAAUUUCCAUUACUCAGAGAAGUGGUGAUUGAUGAUUGUCCUGAAAUGAAUACGUUUGUCAAACAGGGAAUAUUUAUGAGUAUUCCAAGUCUCGAAAGUGUGAACAAUGAUGAUGAGGUGAAAGCAGUUGAUCUCAAUAAAGUCAUGUUCAAUUCUAAGGUUUCUUGUCCCAGCUUGGAAAACCUAUCUAUCUAUAGAGCUGACAGCAUAAGUUCUCUAUUCUCUCACCAACUUCCAUACUUCAGCAAACUUCAAAUAUUGGAUGUAGAGAAUUGUGUAAAAUUAAGAAACUUGAUGUCUCCAUCAAUGUCCAGAUGUCUUCUGAAUCUCCGGACACUAUAUAUAGAAAAUUGUGAGUCAAUGGAAGAAGUGAUCACAGAAGAGGAACACCAAGGAGAAGAAAUGACUAAUGAGCCCUUAUUUCCACUGUUGCAAAGGCUGUAUCUUCAAAGGCUGCCUAAGCUGGGGCAUUUCUUUCUGACCAAGCAUGCUCUUAAAUUUCCAUUUCUCAUACUAUUGGAUAUUGAUGAUUGCCCUAAAAUGAAGACGUUUGUCCAACAGAGAGUAUAUAUGGGUACAGCGAGUCUCAAUAGUGUGAACAAUGAUGAUGAGGUGAAAGCAAUGUUCAAUUCUAAGGUUUCUUGUCCCAGCCUGGAAUAUCUACAGAUCUGGGAAGCUGAAAGCAUUAGUGCUCUAUGCUCUCACCAACUUCCAACUGCCUACUUCAGCAAACUUCAAACAUUGAAAGUACAGGAUUGUAGUAAAUUGAGAAACUUGAUGUCUCCAACAAUGGCCAGAGGUCUUCUGAAUCUCCAAAUGUUAUCCAUAGAAGACUGUGAAUCAAUGGAAGAAGUGAUCACAAAAGGAGAAGGAAUCAUGACCUUAUUUCCCCACUUGGAAGAGUUGAAUCUUAUCAGGCUGCCUAAGCUGGGGCAUUUCUUUCUGGCGCAGUGUACUCUUGAAUUUCUAUUUCUCAUAGAAGUGAUAAUUGAUGACUGCCCUGAAAUGAAGACGUUUGUCCAACAGGGAGUAUAUGUGGGUACAACGAGUCUCAAAAGUGUGAACAGUGAUGAUGAGGUGAAAGUAGUUGAUGUCAAUAAAGCAAUGUUCAAUUCUAAGAUUUUUUGUCCCAACCUGGAAAAGCUAUCUAUCAAUACAGCUAACAGCAUAAGUGCUCUAUGUUGUCACCAACUUCCAACUGCCUACUUCAGCAAACUUGUAAAAUUGAAAGUAAAGAGUUGUGAAAAAUUGAGAAACUUGAUGUCUCCAUCAGUGGCCAGAGGUGCUUUGAAUCUCAAAAUACUAAAGAUAGUUGAUUGUCAAUCAAUGGAAGAAGUGAUCACAAAAGAGGAACAACAAGGAGAAGGAAUCAUGACCUUAUUUCCCCGAUUGGAAAAGCUGUGGCUUGAAGGACUGCCUAAGCUGGGGCAUUUCUUUUUGACAGAGCAUGCUCUUGAAUUUCCAUUUCUCAAGGAAGUGGUUAUUGAUGACUGCCCUGUAAUGAAGACGUUUGUCCAGCAGGGAAUAUCUGUGAGUACACCGAUUCUCAAAUGUGAUGAUGAGGUGAAAGUAGAUGAUCUCAAUAAAUGGAUACAACAGAGGUUCAAUUCUCAGAAACAAUCUGAAGCUAGUGAUGACGACGAUGAAUCUGAAGCUACCAAUGGCGAUGAAUCUGAAGCUAGUGAUGAUGAUCAAUCUGAAGCUACCAAUGGCGAUGAAUCUGAAGCUAGUGAUGACGAUGAAUCUAAAGCUACCAAUGGUGAUGAAUCUGAAGCUACCGAGUCUCGAAAGGGUGAACCAUGAUUUUGGUGUGAUAACAACAAAGCCAAACCUAGUGAUGUCAG